ACUGCAAUCAGGUGAGAUAGAAGCGUUUUGCAAGGGGGGGACGGAGCAGACGGCUGGACAGACUAUAAAAGGGGACGCCCUCCUGCCCCUCCUCAUUCCACCUUCUUUCUUGCUCUUGGUUCUUUCUCGCUCUUCCCUUGCACAAAAUGAAUCAGAGCACCCAGCAAACGAUCAAGGGGGACCUUUCUGAGCUGGAAAAAGCCAUUGAGACAAUCAUCAACAUUUUCCACCAAUAUUCGGUCCGCGUGGGGCAUUUCGACACCCUGACCAAGUCGGAGCUGAAGCAGCUGAUUGACAAGCAGCUUGUGAACUUCCUGAAGAGACAAAGGGACCAAGCUUCCAUCGAUAACCUGUUCAAAGACCUGGACAAAAACAGGGACCAGCAGGUCAGCUUUGGGGAGUUCAUGGUCCUGAUCACCAGGGUGACCAUCGCCACCCAUGAGCACAUCCACCAGGGAGAGGGAGGGCAGCAGCAGCACCAGCACUAAACUCAGGCUGCCGAAGUCUGAGGCUGGGGCCAAACGCCUCGAGACAGUAGCUCAAAGCUGCUGAGAUUCCCCCUCGGUGGGGUCUGACGAUUCGGCCAUGAGACAAUAAAGAUUUGCUGUAAAGUUC